AUGGGUGUUAUAAAGCAUAUCAUUUCAGAAGAAAUGCCUUAUGCACCAACCCGUUGUGCGGUUGCACAGACAUCCACGGAGCAAGGCAGCCUUCCUCCCUGCCAUCACCAUGAAGCAGUGCACGACCCCCAGCUGGUUCCCUGUACGUGUCCGCUCUUCUCCUGUCCAUGGGAAGGGCACCUGGAGGUGGUGGUGUCCCACCUGAGGCAAACUCACCGUAUCAACAUCCUUCAGGGGGCAGAGAUUGUCUUCCUGGCCACGGACAUGCACCUGCCCGCACCCACGGACUGGAUCAUCAUGCACUCUUGCCUUGGCCACCAGUUUUUGCUGGUUCUCAGGAAGCAGGAGAAGUACAAAGGUCACCCCCAGUUCUUUGCCACCAUGAUGCUGAUUGGCACGCAAACCCAGGCUGACAACUUCACCUAUCGGCUCGAGCUCAACAGGAACCAGAGGCGCCUCAAGUGGGAGGCAACUCCGAGGUCAGUGCUGGAGUGCGUUGACUCUAUCAUUUCAGAUGGGGAUUGCCUUGUGCUGAACACUUCCCUGGCUCAGCUCUUUGCCGAUAACGGGAGCCUAGCAAUAGGAAUUGCAAUAACCACCAGCAAAGUUCACAACAGUGAAGCUGAAAUCUGAGGGCGAAGAGGAAGAGAAGGAGGAGUAGGAAUAAUGGUGCUCUAGUUGCUUUGUGAGAGCCAGAACUUGCAGACUUUUUGGGGGGGUCUCAGGUCUUUUAUGGUAUUUAGUACUGGUCCACAGUGGGCAUUAUGUAAACAUCCCGUGGUUACAGUCUCUGUGUAAUGUAUUUACUGUUUUGUUAAUACAAUUUUAUGAGAAAUUUUAAAGAGGCUGAUCAAUUUA